UGAAACGGUAAUUAAUGGUCAAUCCAUUAAAUCCGUUUCCGUUCAAUGUCCUCUGCUCCCACGGCUGAUCGAAACCCAACCCAGAAAUCAGUGGAGGAGCCAGUGAGUCAGUGGACCGGAAGGAAAAGGCAUUCCGACUCCAAGAUGCACAGAAACAAGGACUCGGCGUUCACCCGGGCGAAAGGAAACCGGAAUCCGUCGUUGUCCUCCGCCAUGGACUCCGGACUUACUUGGGGACGCCGCGGCUCCUCCUCAUCGCAAGGUUCUGCCAGCGAAAGAGAAGGCGAACCGGAAAGCCUCCCCUUCGUCGUCGGGAAUUGCCCCGAUAUGUGUCCUGCCAGGGAAAGGGCUGAGCGCGAACGACUUAGAGAUUUAGCUGUCUUUGAGAGAUUUUACGGCAAUCCGCGGAAGACUUCAUCAAGUCUCGCUGUGAAAAAGUUUUGCAGAACUAUCUCCUCUGUUCAUGUGCAUGCAUCCGACAUACGACCUCUUCCUGUGUUGCAAGAUACAUUGGCUCACCUUUUCAACCUGCUGGAAUCAUCAGACCAACCUUUUGAAGUUGUCCAUGAAUUUGUAUUUGAUAGGACAAGGUCUAUUAGGCAGGAUCUUAGCAUGCAGAAUAUCAGCGGCUAUGAGGCAGUUGACAUGUAUGAACAAAUGGUUAUGUUCCACAUCAAAUCUCACCACAAACUUUUGCAGCGUGAAAAUGUCAGCACUUCUUCCAUGCACUACCUCAACUUGGAGCAACUGAAAAAAUCCUUGAAGACUCUGUAUGAUCUGUAUGAUGUCAAUAGAAGCUCAGGUUUUGUUAGCAAGCAUGAAGCUGAAUUCUACUCAUUUCACGUGCUCCUGCAUCUUGGUUCUAAUUGUCAAGCAACGGGUGAGUCACUUGCUACAUGGUUUUGGCGAUUGGAGCCUCAUCUUCUCAAGUCCAAGGAUCUUUCUUUUGUUAGGAGCGUCUUGCGGUACUUCAGAAUAAAUAAUUUUAAGCAGUUCUUUUGCAUGGUCGCAGAACGGGCAUCACAUCUCCAAUUAUGUCUUUUGGAACCAUUGUUCAAUGAAGUAAGGGCACAAGCCUUAUCCUCCAUUAAUCAUUGUGGCUACAAGCUUCAUCCUUACCCACUCUCUCACCUGGCGAAGCUUUUGAUGAUGAAGGAGUCUGAUAUGGAGUCCUUUUGUAAUCUAUGUGGGCUUGAGACGAUAACUGAUGAAACAGGAAAGAAGUUCCUGCCCACCAAGCAGAAUAGCUUCAAUUUUCCCAAAGGAGGGCACCCGAUGUACAAUUUCGAAAGGUUGUGGAGGGGAGAGUUCUGGCUUUUGUAAGACUUCCCUUGUAGUAUAGAAUGACAAAAUGUGCACUUCCAUUCGGUAAAGAUCAAAA